CAGAACCGCUCUUGAACCAAGUGAUGAACCGUCUCAGUCAAGUUUAUGGACCAAAUAUACUUGGGACUAACUUGUUAAAAAGAGUUGCAUCGACGAUUCUUCUCGGAUGAAAGAUUAGACAAACGGAGCCACGUUUAUAGUCAAGUGUCUGAUACGUGGCAACAAGUUACACAUGUCACACUCCGUAAACAGAGAAACAAGGGACACACGCCAUCCAGAGGUGGUUCCGCUAAAUGUCCUGCUCCAAGAAGCUUUCCAAGAUUACCUCAGAAGACAUUUGGUUGCAGAGAAACGAAAAAAGAGAAUUAAAAACUAAUGGAUUCGCAAGCGCAGUUGCACCGUGCUCAUGGUCACCAUCAAGCAGAGGAACCGAUUAGGAUUCACCAUCCAGAGGAAGAGGAGCAUCAUGAGAAAGGAGCAGCAAAAGUUCUGAAGAAAGCCAAGGAAAAAGCAAAGAAGAUAAAGAAAGCUCUUACCAAACAUGGUCAUGGUCAUGGUCAUGAACAAGAACUCCACGGUGGUGCACCAGCACGAGGAAAAGGUCACCACAUUUCGGACCCGGUGGAAGAAGAGUUCUUUCCGGACCCGAUGAAAGAGGAGAUAGUGCCUCCAGGCAAGAAGUUUGUUCCUGUCGUGUCCUCUUCCCACAGUACUAAACCCUCUGGCCGCGUAAAAGGAGCUGAAGCUUCGAUCUCCCGUGAUGGAUACGGGAAUAAGGUUAUAUCUAUGGUGACUCCAGUUUACGAGAAGGUCAAAGGGACAGGAGCUAUCGUGAUGAAGAAGCUUCCUUUCUCCGGGCACGGAACCGGUACAAAGAUGGAGAACCAGCAAGGACAAGACAAGGGCAUCUCAGCCAAAGAAUACUUAAAGGAGAAACUGAGUCCUGGAGAGGAAGAUAAGGCUUUGUCGGCGGUGGUCGCUGAGAAACUUCAUCUCGGAGGUGACAAGAGUGGCUCUGUGCCUGUGCAGAAUAGAUUCCGGUAAAUCUAGAAAUUGAGAUUUCUUUUGUCUUUUUAAAAUGUAUGGUUUGUUUGUUUUUUUUUUU